GUGCAACACACACUUUACACACGCACGGGGACUGGAAGCGGGCAGCAUCGAUCGUGGCUCCUUUAAGACAAACUCAGACAGACAUUUUUUUAACCCUCCUCCUCUAAUCUCUCUCCAGUGCAGCAGAGAGAAAGAGAGAGAGAGAGGAAGAGGAGAGGAGAAAGGAGAGAGAGAGAGAGAAAGAGAGAGAGAGAGAGAGAGAGAGAGAGAGAGAGAGAGAGAGACUAAGAAUUAGGACUGAUACAAGGAAAGCGAGCGCUCUAUCUUUGUGCAGUUGAAUAUUAACAUUUGAGGUGCUCUGAUCAGUGGAAGAGAGACAGAGCGGAUCAUCAUUCAUUCACCACGUUGACAACCUCGUCUGUGAUUGACAGCUGGAGUGGCAGAAAGCCAUGAGAUUUGUUAGUUGGGUUUGAGGGGCACUUUUUUUCUUUUUAAAAAACUGAUUUUGGGGUAAAGAAGAUCUGCUUUCUUACCCCCGCUGCUGUAUUGGAAACGGGAGCGCUUUUAUGCUGAGUUAUUAUCUCUACCGCUUCCUUCAGGUCCAGUAGACUGAAGAUUUGGGACCGAUUGAUCACGUUGCUGGAGACUUUAAAGGAUUUUUUCAUCAUUGUUGUUGUUGUGGUUUUUUCCGGGGGAGUUUGCGUUUUUGUUUCUUUCCACACUGGCCUUAAAGAGGAUAUAUUAGAAGUUGAAGUAGGAAGGGAGCCAGGCAGGCCGAUGGCGCAAAGGUACGACGAUUUACCCCAUUACGGGGGGAUGGAUGGAGUAGGUAUCCCCUCCACGAUGUAUGGGGACCCUCACGCUGCGAGAUCCAUGCAGCCAGUUCACCAUCUGAAUCACGGUCCUCCUCUGCACUCUCAUCAAUACCCGCACACAGCUCACACCAACGCCAUGGCCCCCAGCAUGGGCUCCUCUGUCAAUGACGCUUUAAAGAGAGAUAAAGAUGCCAUUUAUGGACACCCCCUGUUCCCUCUCUUAGCACUGAUUUUUGAGAAAUGUGAAUUAGCUACUUGUACACCCCGCGAGCCGGGGGUAGCAGGCGGAGAUGUCUGCUCCUCAGAGUCUUUCAAUGAAGACAUAGCAGUGUUCGCCAAACAGAUUCGUGCAGAAAAACCUCUAUUUUCUUCUAAUCCUGAACUGGAUAACUUGAUGAUCCAAGCCAUACAAGUAUUAAGGUUUCAUCUGUUGGAAUUAGAGAAGGUACACGAAUUAUGUGACAAUUUCUGCCACCGGUAUAUUAGCUGUUUGAAAGGGAAAAUGCCUAUCGAUUUGGUGAUAGACGAUAGAGAAGGCGGAUCAAAAUCAGACAGUGAAGAUAUAACAAGAUCAGCAAAUCUAACAGACCAGCCAUCUUGGAACAGAGAUCACGAUGACACAGCAUCCACACGGUCAGGAGGAACGCCAGGACCCUCCAGUGGGGGGCACACAUCACAUAGUGGGGACAACAGCAGUGAGCAAGGUGAUGGCUUGGACAACAGUGUAGCUUCCCCCAGCACAGGUGAUGAUGAUGAUCCAGAUAAGGACAAAAAGCGUCAUAAAAAGCGUGGCAUCUUUCCCAAAGUAGCCACAAAUAUCAUGAGGGCGUGGCUGUUCCAGCAUCUAACACAUCCUUACCCUUCUGAAGAACAGAAAAAGCAGCUGGCACAAGACACAGGCCUCACUAUACUUCAAGUGAACAAUUGGUUUAUUAAUGCUAGAAGAAGAAUAGUUCAGCCCAUGAUAGACCAGUCCAAUCGAGCAGUAAGUCAAGGAACACCUUAUAACCCAGAUGGACAACCAAUGGGAGGUUUCGUAAUGGAUGGUCAGCAACACAUGGGCAUCAGAGCACCAGGACCUAUGAGUGGAAUGGGCAUGAAUAUGGGCAUGGAGGGGCAGUGGCACUACAUGUAACCUUCAUCUAGUUAACCAAUCGAAAAGCAAGGGGGAAGGCUGCAAAGUAUGCCAGGGGAGUAUGUAGCUCGGGGUGGUCCAAUGGGUGUGAGUAUGGGACAGCCAAGUUAUACCCAACCCCAGAUGCCCCCACAUCCUGCUCAGCUGCGUCAUGGGCCCCCCAUGCAUACCUACAUUCCUGGACACCCUCACCACCCAACAGUGAUGAUGCAUGGAGGACCAUCCCACCCUGGAAUGCCAAUGUCAGCAUCAAGCCCCACAGUGCUUAAUACAGGAGACCCAACAAUGAGUGGACAAGUCAUGGACAUUCAUGCUCAGUAGCUUAAGGGAAUAUGCAUUGUCUGCAACCGUGACAGAUUUCAAAUAUCGUUUUUCUGCAUUGACUGUGGAGUUCCAUUCUUGGCAUCUACUGUGGACCAAGGAGCAUCCCUAAUUCUUCAUAGGGACCCUUAAAAAAGCAGGAAACACCAACCGAAGUCAACUUUGGGGACAUGCUAAAUAACUAUAUAAGACAUUAAGAGAACAAAGAGUGAAAUAUUGUAAAUGCUAUUAUACUGUUAUCCAUAUUACGUUGUUUCUUAUAGAUUUUUUAAAAAAAAAUGUGAAAUUUUUCCACACUAUGUGUGUUGUUUCCAUAGCUCUUCACUUCCUCCAGAAGCCUCCUUACAUUAAAAGCCUUACAGUUAUCCUGCAAAUGACAGAAAGGUCUUAUUUGCAGGAUUUUUAGAGCAUUAAAAUAACUAUAUCAGGCAGAAGAAUCUUUCUUCCAGCCUAGGAUUUCAGCCAUUCGCGUGCUCUCUCUCUCUCUCUCUCUCUCUCUCUCUCUCUCUCUCUCUCUCUCUCUCUCUCUCUCUCUCUCUUUCUCUCUCUCUCUCCCUCUCUCUAGCCUGGGGCUUGAAUUUGCAUGUCUAAUUCAUUUACUCACCAUAUUUGAAUUGGCCUGAACAGAUGUAAAUCGGGAAGGAUGGGAAAAACUGCAGUCAUCAACAAUGAUUAAUCAGCUGUUCCAGGCAGUGUCUUAAGGAGACUGGUAGGAGGAGGCAUGGAAACCAAAAGGCAGUGUGUUUUGAAGCCUCAUUGUCACAUCAGAGCAUCAUUGUCCCCAUGCAACAACCACCACCUUAUACAUCACUUCCUGUUUUAUGCAGCUCAAAAACAUGAACUGAAGAUUUAUUUUUAAUAUGUUGACUUUAUUUCUGAGCAAAGCAUCAGUCAUGUGUGUAUUUUUCCAUAGUCCCAUCUUGGAGCAUUUAUGUAGACAUUGUAAAUAAAUUUUGUGCAAAAAGGACUGGAAAAAUGAACUGUAUUAUUGCAAUUUUUUGUAAAAGUAGCAGUUUGGUAUGAGUUGGCAUGCAUACAAGAUUUACUAAGUGGGAUAAGCUAAUUAUACUUUUUGUUGUGGUUAAACAAAUGCUUGUUGAUAGCCUUUUUCUAUCAAGAAACCAAGGAGCUAAUUAUUAAUAAUAAUCAUUGCACACUGAGUCUUAGAGUUUCUGAUUGAAACAGUUUGGAUUGUAUAAUAACUCAAAGCCCAGUUGUAGUAGUUUGAGUGCAGUAAUGAAAUCUGAAUCUAAAAUAAAAACAAAUUAUUUUUUGUCA